ACUUGACAUGGGCCGAUUCAUUUUCUCUGGGUAUUAUAUUUUAAGGCCCUCGCUCUCUGAUGAAGCGUUGUCUGUUGUGCUCAUUAAUCUAAAUCACACCACAAUCAUACCAUACCCCUAUCAUGUCAUACCCCAAUCAUACCAUGCCCCAAUCAAACCUUACCCAAAUCUGGCCAAUCAUACCAUACCCCAAUCAACCCUUACCACAUUCAUACCAUACCCCAAUUAUGUCAUACCCAAAUCAACCCUUACCCCAAUCAUACCAUACCCCAAUCAAACCUUACCCCAAUCAUGCCAUACGUUGAGCUGUUAAAAUCAUGAAAUUGUCAUGCGC